AUGCCCACGAAUAACCCCAGCUACGACAUUGUCAUCAUCGGCGCCGGAUUUUCGGGCGUUAACCUCCUCUACAGUCUCCGCAAACUAGGAUACACCUGUCGGAUCUACGAGUCGGGCACCGACCUCGGCGGCGUGUGGCACUGGAAUACUUACCCAGGUUGCCGAGUCGAUACACCGGGCUUCAUCUACCAACUAUCCAUCCCGGAAGUCUCGGAGACCUGGUCAUUCACCGAGAAGUAUCCCCCUGCGGAAGAGCUAAGGGCGUACUUCACGCAUGUAGAUCAGGUGCUUGGGAUCAAGCAGGACGUGGAUUUCGAGAUGACUGUGACUGGAGCCUGGUACGAUGUCAAUGCGGAAGGGAAGAGAAAGUGGAGGAUUGAAACUGGCGAUGGACGGGUCACACAGUCGCAGUUUCUCAUCUCGUGUGUCGGCUUUGCCGCAGAACCAUAUGUCCCCGAGUUUCAGGGCCUUGAGACGUUCAAAGGAGAGGUGUGCCAUUCGGCGUCUUGGCCGAAAGCUGGGAUCGAUGUGAAGGGGAAGAAGGUUGCAGUAAUUGGAACAGGGGCGUCCGGCGUGCAGAUUGUGCAGUCCUGGGCCAAGCAAGCAGAAUCGCUGGUGGUAUUUCAGCGGACGCGGAAUUUGGCUCUCCCUAUGCGGCAGCACACUUUCCCCGUCACGGGGCUAAAUGCGCUCAAGGAGGAUGCACCACUCACCUUCGCGCAGCGAGAGAAGACAUUCAGCGGGUAUCUGGAUCAGCCGAGUCCGCACGCAACCUUUGACGUCCCAUCGGAGAAACGCGAGGCGCUUUUUGAGGAUCUAUACAACCGAGGGGGGUUCGCCUUCCUGCUCAGCGGCUAUAGCGACCUAUUGACGAACGAAAAGGCCAACCGACAGGCUUAUGGGUUUUGGGCGAAGAAGACACGAGCGAGGAUAGCCGACCCCUCAAGGAGAGAUAUCCUGGCCCCUCUUGAGCCGCCACUCCCGAUCGGUGCCAAAAGAUCGUGCUUCGAGCAUGAUUAUUACGAGAUGUUCAACAGACCAAAUGUGGAUUUGGUGAACGUGCGCGAGGCUGGUCACGGUCUUGCAGCUAUCAAGCCACACGGGGACGAGAUCCAAGACAGUGGAUUUUAUCCUGUUGACGCAAUUGCCUUUGCGACGGGCUUCAACAGCUUCACUGGUAGUUUAACCCGCAUUGCUGGGCUUCGCAACACUUACGGUACCUCUCUCGCAGACGAGUGGGGUAACAACGGCGCCAGUGCAUACCUGGGCAUGACCUGUAAGGGGUAUCCCAAUAUGUUCUUGUGUUAUGCUGUGCAUGGCCCAACAGCACUGAGCAACGGCCCGGCUUCAAUUGAGAUGCAGUCCCGGUGGAUUGUCGACGCGAUCCAAAAGAUGAAUGCGACUGGGUUGAUCUCUAUGGAACCGACAAAAGAGGCGGAGAGAAACUGGAAAGCUACGGCGGAUUCAUGGUGGAUUGGGGCAAACAUCCCGGACAAGAAGCGGGAGAUGUUGGUUUUCCCGGGAGGGCUGCCAUUAUACGAGGAUCUGUGUCGCAAGGCUCUGCAGAACUGGGAUGGGUUUAUCAUCCAAUAA